UUUUCCUCGCCAAGUAAUAUUUCAGGAAUCAAUUUGAACACUAAUAAAUUUCAUGACGUUUCUAUGUACCUAGUAAAAAUAUCUACCCAAAUAGCGUAGGUAUGUGUCCGCAUAAGGAAAAUGCUGUUUGGCCUUGAAAGUGCAUAAAGCCGACGUGGUGCGAAGGUGUAUUGACAUUGAUCAUAAGUAGCACAUGUGUAGUUAGGUAUGUCUAAGAAAAUACAUAUCAAAACGUGAUAUUCAAGGCAACGAGUUUUAAUCAUUUUGAAAAAAAGUGCGCAGUUCUCCCAGUCUAGCAAGUGAGUCUAAAGUGAAGGAAACAUUUCAACGACUUGUUGUAGUCUUAACAGAGAAUAUUUUAUCAUAAAAAUUGAAUAUUUUUGGAGCAUCAGAUUGUCGAAAAAAUAUCAAACUUAUGAAUUUCGAACACCUGGAAACGUCAAAAUAGUGAAAAUAUGAAAGCCACAGAACAUCUCGUUCUGACCAAUCGAAUUUUGAAAUUCGACUUGAUAAUUUUCAUGUAUGCACAAAUAAUCGUCAUAAAAAAUGCAGCACAUUCAGAAGAGCAGCACCAUGUUAUCAAAAAUCAGUCACUGCGUUCAUUUACCGAUUCGUUUCAAGGAAAAAUGAAGACCCUUCAAGAAGCCACUGAAGAAUUAAUAGAAACACUAAGAACCCCACCUCGGAUCAUUGUAAAUAAUAUGUCAGGAGGCCUAGGAAACGGUUUCACACGGCUAGGCCUACUACCAAUAAGUCAACCAGGAUUAGCAAUGGAAAAAAAUUCAGAAACUUUAUUCAAAACAGUUCACGAUUUAAGAAAUGAUCACUCAAAAACACUUGUCAAAUUGAGGGAUGAAGUUUCUGAAGUAACUAACACUUUGAGUAAACUGGAUACUGAUCAAUUGGCCAAUGAAGAAGAUAAAAUAAACUUAGCCCGUUUAGAGGACCAACUCGAAACAUUACAAAAACUUUUAGAUACUGUAAAUCAAUCGCUCCUUCAACGAAUAGUGACGAUAGAACAGCAAAUGGAAGUAUUCAAAACAACGCUAGAUUCUUUUAAAAAAGAUUUCUUGAAAAUGAAAACAGAAUUUGAAAACGCCAAGCUGGAGUACGAACAGAAAAUAUUAAUAAUCGAAUGCAUCGACGAAAUAAAAAUUCGCAAUUUUGAUUCCGCUUUCGAAAAAUUCAAUCAAAUUAACGACGAUACAAAAAUCAGUCACAUUGUUAAAAAAGUCUACGGCGAUCAGGAACGUAAUUUUGAUUUAUUAAUGGAAUUUAUUGAACGAAUAGAAAAGAUUAAACAAAAAUUACUUUUUUGUAAUGCUACAUAUCAUGAGAUGAUCUACCAGUCACAUCUUGACCCUUUGAAAUUAUUACAAUUAAGUAGACUCAUAAAAUACAACCACUACCCAGGUGUGAUUCAAACAGUAUCUGAAUCACUUAUUAACUCCAUCAGGAAUUCCAUGACUGACGCGGCGAUUGUGAAAAUAUCCAAGGCUUUUCUAGAUAAUCACUUAUCUGACAUUGGUUCUUUUGGUAAAGAACUGAGCGACACGUGCUUUCAAUGCUUAAUUAAAAUUAUGGAUAAAGUCGUACAUAAUGUUGUAGAAACGUUGCCUGUAAGAACAGUUUUGGGUAGGAUACGAAGCUCAGAUGGAUUUUGCAGUAUCCAGGAAAAAAUAGCAGCGUAUAUUUCUUUUUAUAACGAGAUCCAAAAUAACCCCGAAAUGAAAAAUACUGUAUCACUAAAUGAAUUGAGUUCCGAUGUAAAAUAUAUCACAAAAUCAGAUGCUUAUCAUGACAUCCACUCAGAUAUCAAGUAUCAAAUGGAACAACUAAAAAAUAAGUUACCGAAUGCAUUUUGAUUGAUUGUUGAUUUACUUAAUAAAAAAUUAUUGUUCAGAU